GCACCAAUAGAGGCACCAACAGAAUCAUCAAUAAAAGCACUAACAGAAGCACCAAUAGAAGUACUAACUGAAGCACCAACAGAAGCACCAAUAGAAGCACCAAUUAAAGUAAAAGCAGAAGAACAUAUCAAUAUUAAUGAUUCAAACAAAGAUAUCAAUAAGAAGUUGACAAUAUUAACGAUGAUAAAAGUGUAG